AGACUUUUUGACGCAAGCGCCAAUGUCCUUUCUCGGACAAAAAAGAGGGGCGGAGCUUCCUGCGACUCGGCUGCACUCAUGUCAACAACAUGCCGGAGUCCUGCAGGGAAACACAAACGGAAGGCGGAAGACCACAGCGACAAAACACGCCAGCCCACAACGUCGUGUCUACUUUAUCUCAGUUGGCAGAUGAUCAUUUAACUCUUGUGCGGAACAUAAGCACCGGGUUGGCUCUUGCUGGUGUAAUUGUAAUAGCAAGGAGUAUCAAACUGAUCACCAAAUUCCAAGCCGUGUCUGAGAUUCCCGCUCGUUUUGUGGAGAGGAAUGUAAGCCUCCGUGGGAGAGUCCAUUCCAUCACAGAGGAAGGGCUUGAAGUUGAGCACAUCCCGAUUUACCUGCCAGUCCUCUCACCUCUGCUUACCAAACACAAAGCGGAUGAGCGUCGUAGCCAUCUUCAUCACAUACACAAGAAUGGCCGGGCGACAGUGCGCAGUGAUACGACGAAAGAGAAAAGUAACACUGAGCAAUUUGAGAGGUGUGUGCAAGUCAAACUUGCUCGUGGACCUUGCAGGUGUGGCUCUGACUCCAGAUGGCCUAUUAUGGCUGCAGGGAAGCCUUCUUUCCUCUCAAACAGUCUGGUUGAAACUCAUCAGCCGCCAGGACGACAAGCUGCAUUGCUUUGUCACCUCAAGCAAGCAGGGGUCGUCAUGGGGCCACUCGAUGAACGAGGAGGCGCUCAAACUCGGCCUGGCCCGCAGGGCGCCCAUUCCGGGACUCUCACCGGACUCUCGCCUCUACUGGCGGCUGCACAAGCGGCUUCACAGGGCAGAGGUCAAAGCUGAGAAGAAGGGGUGUGGUCUGUGGAAGGAGGAGAGCCAAUGGGAGAGAGUCUUGAAGGCUAUGAGGGACAAUGCAUUAUUUCGGCUACUCAGGAAGCUCUUUGGGAGAACCUGAUCUUCUGUGGGCCACUCUUCGGGUGCCGCAAUCAACUGUGGCAAAACUUUAGUUUGAUCAUUUGUUAUUGAUUUUGUCAGCUCAUUUACAUUAUAAAACAAAUCAUUCAAUGUCUGCUUGAUUGUUUUUGCGCCACAAAAUGUUUAUUUAAAACCUUGUCCCCUUGCUAUGCAUAUAUAUGGGACACUCGCUCUACCCACUAAACAAAGGAAGAAGGAGGGGUCUGUUUUCAGUGGAGGGGGUGUCCACUUGCCCUUCUGUGUGAUCGUUGUUGCUAUAGAACAUGGGUGUCCAAACUUUUCCACCAAGGGCCACAUACUGAAAAAUGAAAGGAUGCAAGGGCCACUUGGAUAUUUUGUUAUAUACCAAGAAGUUAUAUCUAUAGUUCAAGAAAAAAUGCAUUUCAGCUUUGUGACAUAGUUGAAAUGCUGCUAAAAUAUUUUUUUGCCAUAAUGUGACUUUAUUCUUGGAAGAUUGUGACCUUACUUUUUUCCUUUAAUGCUUUUACUUCAUUCUUGUGAAAUUUCAGCUGUUCUUCCCAUUUCUGUUCUUGUUUUGUUAUUGCUAACAAAAAAUGAGAAGACAUAAUUUAUAUAUCUAAAAUAUAAGACAUAUUUAGAGUUAUUUCACAGUUUUUUUGUUAAGUCCAUAAUUCCACAUGUGUUCGUUCAUAGUUUUGAGAAUCUACAAUGUAAAUAGUCAAGAAAAUAAGGAAAACGCAUUGAAUGAGAAGGCGUGUCCAAACUUUUGGCCUGCACUGUAUAACCUUAUUCUUUGUUUGUUUAUUAUAUCUUUUAAGAAAAAUAACUUCUUUUGUCUUCAAUAUUUCUACUCUAUGCUAGCAAAAUGGCAUUUUUCCUCAUAAUAUGACGAGUUUAUUCUUGGAAAAUUGUGAAUUUUUUUCUCGUUAGAGUACGACUUUUUUUCCAUGAUAUUUUUACUUUAUUGUUGUAACGUUUCUGCUGUUUUUUUUCCA